AUGAAAGCCAUGCUGUUCAAGCCUUCCUCACAACAUUUCUCAAAUCGACUUGUUUCCAAGAUUUCCAAACAACCAGUCUUCUCGGAGGUUUAUCGUCAUCACCGAUUUUUUCAUCAAUCGGCUAUUGCAACAACGCUAAAGCCGGCUGAUGAUUUCAUCCGAGAAAUGAAAGCAAGAGGAGUACUCAACGAUGCCACAUCUGGUUUUGAACAAUUAGUGAAUGAAAUGGCAAAUGGCCAGCCAGGCAACCAAAAGAAACCUAUUGGAGUUUAUGCUGGAUUUGACCCGACUGCAUCAGGACUUCAUGUCGGAAAUUUAUUGGUUUUACAAACUUUAAAGAGAUUUCAAACAGCGUUUGACUCUCAAAAGGUACACAUUUACUGUCUAGUUGGCGGUGCAACAGGAAGAAUUGGAGAUCCUAGCGGAAGAAAAUCUGAAAGGCCUCUUCUAGAAGAAAAUAUAAUUGCUGGAAAUAUUGAGGGAUUGAAAAGAGAAAUGAAUGCCUUUUUUUCUUCAGAAAAUACAAGCAAUGUUACUGUCGUCAAUAAUGCAGAUUGGUUAGGAGAAAUGAAAAUGAUAGAUUUAUUAAGAAAUGUUGGUAAAUAUUUCCAAAUUACCAACAUGCUUAGAUUAGAGAGUGUGAAGUCUAGAUUGGAAAAUGCUGAUGCUGAAAAUGCAGGAAUGACCUUUACUGAAUUUUCCUAUAGUUUAUUUCAAAGUUAUGAUUUCUAUCAUCUAUUUAAUUCACGUAACGUGAGACUACAGAUUGGAGGUUCUGAUCAAUGGGGAAAUAUUACAAGCGGGCUUGAGUUUAUUAAAAAGAAGCAGACAAUGAAUCCUGAGAUAUCUCAAAUACCAUGCAGUGGAAUGACUGUACCAUUGCUCACUACUGCUGAUGGAGUGAAAUUUGGAAAGUCAAUGGGAAAUGCUGUUUGGCUUAAUCCUGACAUGACAUCACCAUUUGAUUUUUACCAAUACUUUACGAGAGCACAGGAUGCAGAUGUUGAAAAAUUGUUAAAAAUGUUAACAUUUGUUUCCGUAGAAGAAAUUGAGCAAAUAAUGAAUGAGCAUAACAAACAACCAGAGAAGAGACUUGCUCAACAAAUACUGGCCGACCAACUUACACAACAAAUUCAUGGCAUGGAUCAAUUGGCGUGUGUUAAGAAAUGUUCUAACUUGCUUUAUGGAUCUGGAAAUGAAGAGGAGGCCGUAACCAUUCUUAAGAGUCUGUCUAAGAAUGAAAUAUCGACUUUGAUGAAAGAUUCUCCCAGUGCCCAAUUGCCUCGGUCAGAGCUUUUAUCGAAACCCAUUGUUGAUAUUGCUUUAGCGCUUAAACUUGGUCCAUCUAAGGCUGAGCUUGGUAAGCUGAUCAAAAAUGGAGGAUUUUAUAUCAAUUACAAAAGACAACAAGAUCCCAAGUAUAUUUUGACAAGCGAUGAUUUGGUAGCUGGAGGUGGCACGAUUGCAGUGUUAAGGCUUGGAAAAAAGAAUUAUCAAAUCAUUGAAGCUGUAUAA